CCUAAUCACCUUCCCUCAUUUCCUGUCUUCCAGCUGACGGUGAGGCCAUUCUGAAAGGCCUUCAGUCCAUUUUUCAGGAGCAUGGGAUGGCAGAGUCAGUGCACGCCUGGCAGGACCAUGGCUAUUUAGCAACCUACACGAACAAAAAUGGCAGCUUUGCCAAUUUGAGGAUUUAUCCCCAUGGAUUGGUGUUGCUGGACCUUCAGAGUUACGACAGUGACGCGCAAGGCAAACAAGAAACUGACAGCCUUUUGAACAAAAUAGAAGAAAAAAUGAAAGAACUGAGUCAGGACAGAACUGGGCGGGUGAAGCGUUUACCACCCAUAGUUCGAGGAGGGGCCAUUGACAGAUACUGGCCUACUGCUGAUGGGCGCCUGGUUGAGUAUGACAUAGAUGAAGUGGUGUAUGAUGAAGAUUCACCAUAUCAGAACAUUAAAAUUCUACACUCAAAGCAGUUUGGAAAUAUUCUCAUCCUCAGUGGUGAUGUUAAUUUGGCAGAGAGUGACUUGGCGUAUACCCGAGCCAUCAUGGGCAGCGGUAAAGAAGAUUAUGCUGGCAAAGAUGUACUGAUUCUGGGAGGUGGAGAUGGUGGCAUAUUAUGUGAAAUUGUCAAACUGAAACCAAAGAUGGUCACCAUGGUAGAGAUUGACCAAAUGGUAAUUGACGGAUGUAAGAAAUACAUGCGAAGAACAUGUGGAGAUGUCUUAGACAAUCUUAAAGGAGACUGCUAUCAGGUUCUCAUAGAAGACUGUAUUCCAGUACUGAAGAGGUACGCCAAAGAAGGGAGAGAGUUUGAUUAUGUGAUUAAUGAUUUGACAGCAGUCCCAAUCUCUACAUCUCCAGAAGAAGAUUCUACAUGGGAGUUUCUCAGACUGAUUCUCGACCUGUCCAUGAAAGUUCUGAAACAGGAUGGGAAAUACUUCACACAGGGGAAUUGUGUCAAUUUGACUGAAGCCCUGUCGCUCUAUGAAGAACAGCUGGGGCGCCUGUAUUGUCCUGUGGAAUUCUCGAAAGAGAUUGUCUGUGUCCCUUCAUACUUGGAAUUGUGGGUAUUUUACACUGUUUGGAAGAAAGCUAAGCCUUAAAGAUGAGCAUCCCCUGAAUGUCGUGUGCUGCAAGCCGCCUUCCUGACUUCCAUAUGUCCUAUAUACCAUCAACUGAGUCAGGCAACUGGUCACGAAUUCCUUCAAGUGUUUUUUUAAUUAUUAUUUUUAAUUUAAAAAAGCCAAUGGGAAAAUGUAUAUUUUAAUGAGCUAGGGUGUUAAUUUUUGAAAGUCAGCUGAAGGACAAUUAGACAGCCCAGCAAAGACUGCGGAAUGCACUGACCCCCUAGAAUGUGAUUUUAGUAUUUUUUUUCUCUGUGUGGGGUUUGGGUUUUAGUAGAUUUUAAUUUGGACAUGUGGAGGAGUAAAUAUUGUUUUAUUCUGGAGAGAAGUUCCUGAUAGUGUUCCCCCCCCAUUCCCAAAUUGACUUAGAUAUUAAAAUUUGGUGCUUUAAAAAGACUCAAGUGAUUAGCAGUGCUUCAAUUAAAAUUACAAAAGAGACCUUUCAUGUGUUUUGUCACUUUAUUUCAGCCCAUGUUCCUGUUUCUUACCUCUGAUGGCCAAGAACAAAGAUAUAUUCUAGACUAUUUAGUUCUGUAACUGGACUUAUGUCAUACUGUCUUUGUUAAAGGCCUUGAGACCUUUGUGAAUUGUAGUAGUGACUUCAUUUAUCACAGUGGUGAAUGAUCCAUGGCCUAUUUGCCACAUCUGCUUUAUAAAGUUGACCUGAGAAUAGCAGAUUUUGCCUGACUGAAAAAAAAGUCAAAAGAUUAUUUCUGUUACCAGUCUUGCUGAUUGAAUUACAAGUAAAUAUAAAAAUCUUUGGGAUAGCUCCUAUGAAACUUUGAGAAGACUGCAGAAUGUGCAGAUGCACAAUAGAGUUCAUGUAGUCCUGUGGUAAAAAGAAUAACUUAGGAACUCUUAAGAAAGGGCAUGAGGCCAGGCAGUGGUGUCACACGUCUUUAAUCCGAGCACUUGGGAAGCAGAGGUUCUCUGUGAGGCCAGUCUGGUCUACAGAGUGAGUUCCAGCACAGCCAGGACUAUUAACACAGAGAAUCCCUGUCUCGAAAAAAAAAAAAAAAGAAAGAAAGAAAGUGCAUGUGAAUAUCAACUUGGUAUUGUAUUGUGGAUAACAAUCCAACCAAUUUAAAUUGUCUUUCGUAUUAUUUGUAUAAAAGAUUUAUACUAUAUCAGUGGAAUUGGUUCAUUUAUGGUAUUUUUACAGUAAGUAAAACAUUGAAAAUGUAAUAUUUAGUAAGAUGGAAUCAGGAUCAACACUGAAAAUUCUUUGUUCCUCCUAAGAUAGGAACUAAUGGUAUAGAGUAUACCAAAUGAUCUUUAAAAAUGAGUGCAGACAUUUGCCAUUUUUAUUGGAUUGACAUGGAAGAAGAAACAAUACAGAGUAAACGGAGUUGGGAGUCAUGUUCAAAUUAGAUAAGUUUAACAAUAUUUUUUGUGUAUGGAUAGGUUAAAAACAGACUAGUAGACACUUCUCUAUCCAAAUUCUUCUGUAAUUCUUUGAAAGACUUUGUGUAUUGUGGAGGAUUGAAAUUUGAUGUACUGCUGCAGUUAGAAUAUGAGUUGGGGCCAAUUGUCCCUCCCCCCAUUUUACUGCUACUUUUGAGACAAAGUAACAGUCUGUAUGUAUCCCAGUCUGUCCUGGAGCUUGUUAUGUAGCCCAGGCUUGCCUGGAACUCUGCCGAGAACUGAGUUUAUAGCACCUUGACACCCAGCUCAAUUUUUGCUUCAUUUAAGUAAAGAGAAUAAGUAUAUCAGCUUUUGGGAUAUAUUAUUAAUGCAAGGCAUGACCUGGUUGGUGCUUGAAGAGUAACUUCAGGUCACAACCACAGAUCCACUCAUAUUUCUGGUGACUCAGGUCCUGCUAAGCCAAGUGGUAGAAAUUAAGAGGAUAAGGUUAUGCAAGGCUACUUGGAAGAUACAUUUGGGAGAAAAUAAAGGAAGCGGUGUUGAGUUUAUCUUGAGUAAUAAAAGCGAAUUCAGACUAAUUUCUUUGUAUUUGCUGAAGGAGGAUCUCAGUUUUGAACACUUGUUAUUUUAACACGGAAGCAUGCAAACUGAUCCAACACCCCCCACCCUGCCCUGUGCUCUAGCUAAAACCCACCCUUACUUUGGCUGCCUUUUAAAGACAUGCUAAUGAUCCAGCGAUGCUAUUUUUUCUUAAUGACUAUAGUGUUGUGUAGUGUGAAAGUUUCCUUUAACGGUGGAAUAUAUUAUGGUGUCCUAGCUUUUUAAUGAAAGACAAGACAAAUAUGGAUAGUGUUUAAAUUUCUAUUCAACACAGCAGAUACUAAGAAUUGAUUUAUUAAGACAUGAAAUACUGUUUUCUCUUGGAAAUGUGAUUGAAUAUUUAUAACACACUGAUCCAACUAGAUCAGGGGAAAGCUGGGUUGGUGGUGUUUUUAAUGGGCUAGAGCACUGCUGAUAUCAAAAUAAAAAAAUAUGUGCUGUUCCUUCCUGUGUAGUUUGAAUAGUCAUGUCCUUGCUUUCUCUAACUAUUGCUGCCACAAGAGUUUGUAUUUCUGUCUGUCAUCUGCCUGUCAAUAAAUCGAUCAGUUUUA